CCUAGCUGUAUUUUGAAACGAACCGGAUAAGUGGUUUACGCAGAAACAACGACGUCAGGCACCUCAGACCGUGUCGGCUGAAUCCAGAGUGACUGUCCGAGAGAUAACGCGACUCCAUCUUGGUGUGUGAAGGUUUCCCAGACAUCGCUGUCCCAUCCUCUGUGUGGGAUGUCUUCUGAGCUGCUGGUAGAUCUGGGUGAAGAAGCUGCAACUGCACAGUUAGGACAGCUGAAGCUCUCCACCCUAGAGGAUCAGCAAUGGCCACCUGAUGAGUCCUCACUUAGCAAAUCAGAGACGGAGAAUUCCCAGGGCUUCGACCCCGGCUCUCCCCACCUGCCCUGGGACCAUCCGUUCUACGACAUAGCCAGGCAUCAGAUCAUUGAGGUUGCAGGCGACGACAACUUUGGCAGGAAGGUGAUAGUGUUCAGCGCCUGCAGGUUGCCGCCACAGCAUCAGCUUGACCAUCAGAAGCUGCUGAUGUAUCUUAAAGCCACUCUGGAUCAGUACGUAGAGAGCGACUACACACUGAUCUACUUCCAUCAUGGGCUGACCAGUGAAAACAAGCCUUCAUUUGGCUGGCUUCGAGAAGCAUACAAGGAGUUCGACCGGAAGUAUAAGAAGAACAUCAAGGCGCUGUACAUUGUCCACCCCACCAUGUUCAUCAAGACUCUGCUGAUCCUCUUCAAACCAAUCAUCAGUUUUAAGUUCGGCAGGAAGAUUAACUACGUGAGCUACCUGAGUGAGCUGGAGGACGUGGUCAAGUGUGAUCAGCUGGUCAUCCCAACCCGUGUCAGAGAGUAUGACAACAAACUGAGAGCAUCUCUGAAGCCCAGCUCGCUGCCCUCCCUGUCUCCUCCUCAUAGCCCCCCACUGCCCGAGCAGGUGUUUGGGGUUUCACUAGUCAUGCUGAGACAGAAGGAUCCAGAUAAUCAUCUAGUUCCUGUAGUGAUGAGAGACACGAUUAGCUUCCUGUCAGAACAAGGUUUGGAGAUUGAGGGGAUCUUCAGGCGGUCCGCCAAUGUGACUCUGGUAAAGGAGGUCCAACUCAAGUACAACUCCGGAGCCACAGUGAACUUCAGAGACAUGGAGGACGUUCACCUGGCCGCUGUCAUACUAAAGACAUUUCUUCGAGAGCUUCCUGAGCCUCUGCUGACAUACCAGCUCUACAAUGACAUUGUCAACUUCACAUCUGUAUCCAGUGAUAAUCAGGCAGAAGUAAUGAAAACUUUGGUGGAGUCUCUUCCAGAGGAGAACUACGCCUCACUGCGGUACCUCAUCACAUUCCUGGCUCAGGUGUCAGCCAACAGUGAAGUGAAUAAGAUGACCAACAGCAAUCUGGCUGUGGUGUUUGGCCCAAACCUGCUGUGGGGGCGGGACAAUGCCAUGUCGCUCAGUGCUAUUGGGCCAAUCAACAACUUCACCAGAACCCUGCUGGACCAGCAGCAUCUGGUUUUUACCUAAUUCCCUCUCCCCUUCUUCUUCUUGAGUUCUUUCAUGCAGCCUGUGUUGUCAUGGAAACUCCCCUCCUCUGCAGCAUUUAAACAUGAGCACCACCAAUUAGGAAGAAACUCCCAUACCAACACCACAAACUGUGGACCAAUCACAUGUAGUUUCAUCUCUCUGACUCGUCCACUAGCAUUGUCCUGUUGAUUACCCCGGCUGUAGGCUGCAUUCCUAUGUCCAUGUGAGUCAGGCAUAAAUGGGUUAAAAUGCAAAGAAUUAUCCUGGUAUGAAACAAAAACCAUCUAUUUAUUUGCUCUCUCUAAGGUAAUGUCCCGUUUAUUGCUCCCCUUUCUUGAUUGGUGCCAAAAAAAAAA